UUUUUUUGGCUCUUAUUACAAACCGACCAUGCCUCUCCUCGCCCGCCGCUUCUCCAUUACGAAUUUCUGCAUCGCCUCUUCGGCGUUGGCGUUUCAGGUUUUUGUCCUGUAUCCUUGGCAUCGGAAAUUGGAUCGCGAGUUUGAGGGGUUGAAGAGGGAGAAUUUGAGGGUGGUGGAGGUGGUGCAGACGCAGACUCAGGUUCGAGGCGGAGGGUUGGGGGGUUGAAGGGGUGAGUGCGUUGGUGCAGAUUGUUGAUGAUUGAGCGGGUCGGUUUUGCUUCGAUCGAGAGUCGCGGGUCUGGAGUUCUUGGUCUGUUGGGGCGGAUAGAGGUGCGUGUUGCUUUCAUGCAGCCAGUCAGUCCUAGAGGAAAGAGGGCCGUGGGUCUUGCCUGUACGAUUCGUUCGAGGAGGUACAUGGCACGGGUUCUUUGAUGGAAAUUGGAGGUGCUACCAUUCUUGCUUGGCUGUUGGAGAGUCUUAGGAGGAUAGAACUGUUUGCUUCUAUUAUUCUCCCAGUCCUAGAGGAGAGCGGCGCGUAGGAUUUCCUUGUGCUAUUCGUGCGAGGAGAUAUGUGAGACGGGUUCUUUGAUGGACUUUGGGAAUGCUACCAUUCUUGGUGUUGAGGAAGUCGACAUGGACAAGGCGGAAGCAGGAAAGGCAUUUUUCGAUCGACUGUCGCACUUCUGCGUGCUCUAGGUCACAUAUCGAUACAGCGGGCUCUUAUCACCCAUAUCGAGCAAUUGCGCCUCCGUGU